CAGUGCCAGCACUUGCUCCCGAGCGCAACGUUCAAUCUAGCGUUCAAAGAAAAGCGCUCUGAUGCAGUGAUACAGUGAAUUCAGUGAUAAGCGAUGACUCUGGCUCAGUCCAUCACUGAACCGCACCGAAAACCAACAGUGAUAAGAGGACAAGCCAACAACCCGACUCGAGUCAAACUUGAGCCGAUAAGGACAUAAAAGUUAACAGCUGAUAGAGAUAAUGGAUUGGUACUGCAGAUAAGAUUAACUACUGCAAUGAAAGAGACCUAGGGGUUGAAAUAGUGCUGUGCUGUAGGCUAUGAGGUGUAGAGUGUACUGGGACAUCUAUCGCCCUAGUUUCCUGGGGGAGAGUGAAUUGUAAUCCACCCUCUUUAAGUUUUCCAGAGGAAAGUGUUGGGAUUUGUGUGAGGGGUGGUUCUUUCAAGGAAAAUUGUGCCAUAUUUGUAAAAUAGUCGCACUGCCGUAUUUUUCUUUUGUUUACGAGGAGUUUGGACAUUUUGUGGAAACCGUAAUUAAUAUAGUGGUGUAUUGUGUUGGAUUACAGUUUUGUGUUGUGAUCUUCGAUAGAUGUGGAUGUGCAGUCUGAGAAUUAUAUUUGAGAAACAUCAAAACUACUAACGGUGUGAUGUGCUGUUGCACGUGUUUGCCGCGGUUCUGCGUGGCGUCCCACGUGUUGUGCAGUGUGAUGUACAUCGGCGUCGGGGCAGUCCAGCUGGUGGCCGGCAUCUUCUUCCUGAUCUCUCUGCCUGUCUUCAAGGUCGGAUCCAACGUCUGGACUGGAGUAUGGAACGUGGUGGUAGGAGUAGGCGGAGCGGUGUUCUCGUCAGUGGGGGACCUGUCGCCCAGCAAGCACCGCAUCCUGCUCUACCUGACUAUCACAGUGCUGGUGCUCAACCUCAUCAACCUGGUGGUGCUCGAACUCGGCGAGUGGCGCAUACUCAUGCCCGACAAGGUCAAGGCCACGCUGCAGAACCACAAUCUCCAGACGCUCGUGCUCUACGCCCGUAUGACGACAAGCAUAAGUUCGGCGCUGGCAGUGAUAAUAGCGUUUGUGGACGCGCAGUUCAUGUUCUGCUGGCUGGAGCACUCCCUCAGACCAACGCACAAUCCACUCGACCACAAGGAAACAGUUUCCGAUAUCGAGUACAUCAUUCCAAGGGCGAAAUCAGGUUCUAUGGGCAAAAACAACCCCCACAACCUCUAUAACCAAUACCAAGCGGCAGCCCAGUCGUGGGUGUUCGACUCGGACACAGUUGGCUCAACGCACUCGCACGCGCAUGCGCCGAGCCACGCACGAGCCAACAGCGAGCACCAUCCUUCGCCCUACGGCAAGCUGCAGCAUCAGCACUAUGCCAACUCCAGCAAGACAGUUGUGUUGCGCCGAAAAAGCAACUCAAACAGUCACAAGUUGAUCACUCAUGGUGAUGACGAUGACGAUGAUCAUAGGGAACCCAGCAAACUGCAACCGAUGAACGGUGUGAUCAACAUGUCUGGAGACAAGGCGAGUAGCCGCCUCCAACCGGUGGUGCUAGUCGAGGGGUCAAACGCCACUGUCGACGAGCGCCAUCUCCAGUUCAUGACCAGCUUCUCUCGCACACCCUCGCCCGUCCACCCACGCUCGGAGAGCUCGUCGCCCUCUUCAAACCCGGCUCCCAUAUACGAGUGCCUCGAACGACUCACCGAGCCCUCUGUAUAUAGAUCCCGUUUGAACACGGCGCUAGAAGCGACCGAGCCGCAAGAGUCGCGCGUGUCGCCGAGCGUGUCACCGCGACCACACAGUGUCGCUUUGGCCUCCGACCAGCAGCAGUACGCGUCGCUAAUGGUCGAACUGGAGCGCACAAUUGUCGCUAAGUUCCCCGCGCAAGACGACAGCCGGCGACAGUCGCACGCGACAGGCGACAUGUCGCAAGCGACAGGUGACGCGUCACAAGCGACAGGCAUGCAUAAACAGUCGGCGAGCGAUGCGGAUUUCUCGCGUCAACUGGAGGCUGCGCUGCAACUUAUACAGGAUUUGGAGUCACCCAAUACGGCUGACACACCUUCGGACGCACCUCAGCUAGGCUUCCAGCAAGCGGCCGAACUGGCCUCUGCCUCAGCCAAUAGCAACGCUGCAUUCCACGACCGCACGCACCACCUCCUCGACAACAAGAGCAUAGAAGACAAGAGCAGCGACGACGAUGAGAACACGUGGAGCAGCAGCAGUCACGAGGCACUCCAUAAGUCUACCGUCUAUGGUAAGGUUCAACAGGCAGCCGCUCAAACCAGCAAGCGCAAAAUCAAACGCAAACACACGACUGUGAUACGAAUUGGCCAUGAAGCAGAAGGCACCGACAGGAUACCUAGAGUCGAGAAAAGAGACGGAGAAACAUACCAAGAUUCAUUGGAGAGUAGGCUGUCCUCUUUUCAACCACAAGAGAACCACAACCAACAUACUUUCCCAAGCAACAAUUCCAGGGUGGCAAAUGAUGUGAGGCUGCUUAGUUCAUUUGGCUAUAACGAUAACAACUACGGAGCCAUUUCCGGUGGAAAUAAACCAAAAAUGAUUGAUGAGACCCGAGUAAAACAAGGGGAGAAUCUAACUUUCAGUACUAAUUCGCUGGGAUACAGUUCAUCAACAUCUUCCUUUCAUCCGAAAGAUUUGGGCCGUUCUUCAUCUUUCACGAAUAGCUCUGAAGGGAUGAACGAGUAUGGGCUAUCAAGAAUUGUAGUGAAACGUGUAAGAGGUGAAGAAGUUCAUAGAGGAAAGAGGUAUUCUUCACACGAUCAUCCAAAAGAACUGGGUCGAUCAGCUUCUUUCACUAAUAGUAGCUCUGAAGUAUUGAACGGGGGGCCAAAAGUUGAUGAAAGCCUUGUGAAGGGUAGAAACAAUUAUGAAAAUUCGAUAUAUGCUUCACUUCCAGUUGAAGGAAUUGGUAUACCAGAUCAUACUGGCAUUCAAUGCAAUGAUUCUGGUGUUAUCUUGGAUUACUCCAACAGUGAUGAGAGUGUAAAUUCAACAAGAGAGAAGGUUGUGGUUGUGAAAACAAACGGAGUCAUAAAGAACAAUGAUUGUGUAAAUGAUGGAGAUAAAGAGUGUAAAGUAAUCAGGGAAGAAACUGAGGAUGGCAAGGAAUCUAAUGGAGAAGAGAGGAACGGCAAUUUGAAAAAUGGCGGGAAUCAGAAUGGCAUCGGAUUAGCAAAUGGAAAUGGAGUUGCAACGUCUACGUCACGUUCGAAUUCGGUGAAGCGAUCUCUGUCGUCGGUGGCCAAAUGGAAAAUGUUUCCCAAGAAGCGAGCGGCUCGGUUUGUGCUGACGCCCGAAUUGGAGAGCACAAUUUUGAAAUCGGAGAGUCUGCUGCAUUUGACUGAUGUGGAAUUGGUUGCUCGAUAUGAUCACAACAAGUCUAUACAGAGGAAAAUUGAAGAAAAAGCGUGGCAAAAGAUUAUUGGUGCUUCCAGUACGGACUCCACCUGCUGAGGGAACCUGGGUGCUGAACCUGGGUUCCACUAGAAAUACAGCUGGCUGUGCUUACUAUAGUUACCUAGAAUUGUGCUUCCAAUGCCAAUCAAGAGAAGACUGGAUAAUGAACGAGGUUGAGAAUUGAUUGUAAAUUGGCUGAGAAGCUUGGUAUGGCAGCAAUGUAGUUGGCGAUUAUUUGGCAACAAAAGUUGCCUGUUGUUUGGCAAGAAUAGUUGCUGAUUGUUUAGCAACAAAAAUCGGCGAUUGCUUGGCAACAACGCCAUAAGUUGUCAACUGUCAACUGGUUGAGCAACUAUAAUUAAGCGCCUGUCGAUUUCAGAUUGGUUAAUCCUCCUGGUAUAACUACAGGAGUUUGAACGACUUUUCCCACAAGUUGAGUACCAAUAAUUGAGAGAUUUAUUGUAUUAUUCUGAUUAAUUCUAUUUUGGCUGAGGACCGUUGUAAGAAAAUAUUUGCUGAGAUGUUACGGGCAAACUUUUGAUCAACUUCUCAGUAACAAUUACUUUGUCAUCUGUUAUACCUGGUUUCCACGAUUCCAGUAGAGGCUCUAGUGACUGGAGUCAGGUUGCCGGAUGCAUGUAACUUGAACCGUGAGGGCUCGUACUUGAAUCGAGAGGACAUUUACCUCUAUUCAAGUGCUUGUCCACACGGUUCAACUUAUGCUCUCAGUAACCUAGUAACUGGAACGUCUACUGGAGUCGCGGAAACCAUUGUCGUGUAAUUAAGGGGUUUCAAGAGCUUGUUGUUGAUCAGUGCCCUCAACUAUAAUAAUAGCACCACGAGAAGAACCCUGGCUGCCUUAUUUAAAAACUAUUGUCAACAAUAUGAAAACCAGGGCUCUUCUUCUGUAAAGCGUUCUAUCAAACAAGUUAAUUACCACUAAUUCAACGUUUCUUCCAAAGAUACUGAUGGGAUGGACAUAAGGAAAUCACUACUUGUAAACUCUAGUUGAUGACAAUGAGUUAAUCAGCUGAAUGGAAAUAGAUUUACAACUGAAAGUUUAACAUCCUUGAACAACCAAUUGUUUUGCUAACACUAUCAUUUCAGUUGUAAGUUGAAAUGAAUGUGAAACUUGCUGAGCUUUCAUUCAAUAAGUUGCCCGUUGCUUGAAUUAAAUCCAGUCAUUAAGAAGAAUUGUAGAAGUUAACGAUUAGAAUUAUGGGGAUUGUCACACUGGAAUGGAGAUUAUAGGGGAUAGAAUUAUUCAGAUUGCAACAUCCAACUCUAACGAACAUUUUUAGAUGAGUCUGUAUAUUAAAUGAUCCAGAGUGAUCCUCAUUGCUUCAAUUGGGAGCUCAUAGCAGAACAAUAUUAGUCAGUGAGAAAUCUAGCUAUAUAAAAAUAUAAAUACUUAUUUAAAUAACAGAAGAAGCAAGUAUUCAGCUUUUUGUGUUAUACUUCUUCAUCUGGUAUCUAGAAUGAGUGAACUGAACUCCUACAUCUUCCAAUUCAAAUUAACAAAUAUUGUCAUGUACUCAUGGAGAUUUAAGUAUUGACAAUGAGACUGAAAGAUUUGUUUCAAGAACUCAUUUGAUGCAAUGAGGAGGGCUGUUUUAGCUUUCAGUGUGUGGGUGAGCAUCUUGAACAUUGUUCUUGUUAGUGAAAUAACUUGAGCAGUAAACCCAAGUUAUACUUCUGUUAUUGAAAAUGAAAUUAUACGGGCAUGAAGAAAUUGUGCUGUUGUCAAAUAUAUCCAACACCACACUCCAUCAAAAAAUCUUCAAGGAGAAGAACUACAACAAACCAAGACUUGCAACAAACCAAAGUUUGUUUCAUGAUCUACUAGAUAAAUAAAUAAUAUUAAUUACUAGAAUAUCGAAUGUCAAAUUAUACCAAAACGAUAUGUACCUUUAGAAAUUCAUUCCAUCUUUGAAACAUUAGUUAGGAGGAGAAAUAUUAUCGAAUAGUAUGUAAACAUCGUAGUUCAUCUACUGUUCAUAAUUCUUUCCAUACUCACAUUAUAAAUGAAAAAAUGUAGCAUACAUUUCUAAGAUCUAUCGAAUAAACUUUGCCCUAACGAAAACUUAGGAUCGUAAUUAUUUUAAAAAGCAAUUUCAUCCAAUUGAAUAGAUUUAAAAAUAUUUUUGUACAUGUUGAUUGUGUAAAGCAUCUCGUUUGAGUAUCUAUUUUAUGUCGUUGUAAAUAUUAAUCAAUAGAUUAUAAUAAAUUAACACACCAGUUCGAAUCAAAAAUAUUUAUUUAUAUACACUAUAAAUUCGAUGAUACCAAAGUGAAUAUACUUAUAUUAUCUUUAUUAUUAUUAUUGAUGAGAAAAUUUGAAAAAUAUAUUGAUCUGUUUUCCUAAAA